GAAUGCCCGCCUUCGUCCUCUUUGCAUAGUUCUCAUUUCUUCAGAGCUUGGGCGCUGCCUUUGGCAAGCUUUGCCAGCUCGACUAACACCGUCUCACCACUUCCUCUACGCGGCACACGCGCCUAGGAGCGCGGCUGCGGUAUCUAGACCCUCUUCCAGGCGAGUUCGGUAUUUGAUUCAGAAACGGUUUCGCGUCAUGCGCAAUGUGAAAUAUUUGGCGCUUAUGACUGGCGCGGAUAAUGAGGCGCGGCACCCUCGAGGCAUGACUGCCAAACCAUCGUUUUCACGGUGCAUUGUUUUACCCACGUGUCGACACCAUCGUUGCAUGCUUAUCGUUUUUUGGCUCACUGCGGGCGGUGCGCGGUAGGCAGGCAGCGGUUGGCCUUGAGGCCGCGUUGAUGCUGAGGGACUUGACGCCUUCCUCAUGUCACCAUUGUUAACACGAGUAUCUUUUUGUGUCAAGUCUUGGCGCGAAUGACUGCCCGGUUUCGACCGCGCUCUUUCGAGUACCGCUCGGGAAAACUUAGCCUCUAAUUAUUAUUGCAUUCUUCUCCUCAUUUUGAAAUGUUUGCUCCUUCAGGCUUGAAGCGCCGCGGAAAAGCGCAAGUUGCGGUAACAAUGCCGCCAGCACCUUCAGCUCAUGAGUCUGUGCUGUCUGCGUUCUUCCUUACAACGACAGUAGCUCCUCUUUCAGAAAGGGACUGCAACGGCAACGCAAUUUGCCCCGCUCUCAGCAAGGCGCCUGCUGCCCUGGCCUUUCGUCGCUGCGAGUCCUUCCUCGAUGCAGAGGACGCAUGCAUGGCCCUUCCUGACAAGGCGUGCUUCCUAAUUCCUGAAGAUAGUUACAUGCCGGGCCAGGAAAACUGCGCAGCUCCGUGCGCUCCGGCUGGGCCUUCCAUCUCCGGACGGUCCAUCUGCCCCUACCCGACCUCGGCACCCGCCUUGAACCCCAUCGGGACCUCACAGCAAGAACCUCGCCAUCAACACCCUUCCAUCACGGCCUCCUGCUCGCGUCCUCGCCUGGUGACUCCCUUCGCCAUGCUGGACCCGAACAUGAUGGGCGUCCUGGCUGGCGACGAGGAGUUUGCGGCCGCGUCGGUGUGCUUUGAGAAGGCCGCGUUGGCUCUGGAAUUGGUCCAGCGGCCUUCCAUGGCUCCUCCUCAGCACCAGGAGCAGCAGCAACGGCACGUCGAUCGGUGUCAAUCGUACCACUGUGCUGGCUCGGUUACGGAAGAGGUUCCAUGCAGCCUUGCUGCGCACCUUGCCUUGGAUUCCGACCAGCAACAACAACAACUCUACUUUAUUGAGCGCGGCAGCUCUCCGGCUCCUUCUCCUCCCGCCACAGCUGUCGCCGGCAUGCGAGGAGCUGACUGCUUUAACGAGCCCUUCAAUGCGGGCGUUAGUUACGAAGGCACAGAGGCCGUCCGACCGGCCGCUGGGUCCAACUACAUUCCCGAGUGCUGCAGCAACGACAACAACAACAACCCAGAUGGGAGUCGCGUAGUGGACGGUGGGGUGACUGAUAACACAGCUCAGGCCGCCUCAUCCAUGCCGCCGCGCGCUGGGAGCAGCUGCAGCAGCAUUGACAACAACAACGUGGCCGUCAACAACGCGAACGGCGUCAUGGGCCCUGUCGUACAGGCCCCCAGCGGCAACGGCAGUCACGCUGGCGGCGACGGUUGGCCGUACCAACCGUACCCAUACCAGCCGUACGGCGUGGUCGGCGCGCCGCCAGAUGUGUUUGCGUCUGUCGUUGUCGGUCCUGGGUCCGUUGCUUCUGCGGCAGCUGUGGGGGAGCAGCUGCCGGUUUGCUUGCCUUCUGCGGCUGCUGAUGCUGCGGCUGCGGCUGCUGCACCGGUGCCUGCUGCGCCCCUUCCGAAGGCCUUCCACCACAAGACCGGCGGACCUUGCGACCAUUGCGGAGCUACAGAGUCUCCACAAUGGCGUCGUGGCCCGCCCGCCAAGCCCAUGCUCUGCAACGCAUGCGGUACCCGCUACCGUCGUACCAACCAGCUGGGAACCCCGGCUCCGUACACGCCGGCCGGACGAGCUGCUGCGGCCGCUGCUGCGGCGGCUGCCGCUGCCGCCGCUGCGGCGGCUGCGCCGCCGGCCCCCUCAGGCCGUCGCGGCUGCAAGCGCGACGGCUCGUCGUGGGGCGGUUCGACCGCCAAACGCGGUCGCACGGCGUCCUCUUACUGAGGAGGGUUAACACGCUGGUGGAUCCCGCCGGGGCAUGUGUACGGCGACGCUAGGCGGCUGUUGGGCUAUGGUAAUGUGGGUUGAGCGGCUUUUGCCUCCGCAGCUCAAGGGAAGGGAAGGCGGCUUUCGUGAGGGGGCGUAAGUUUACAUCUGAUGUUAUUGCGGUGGGAGAGCGCGCCAUGAGUACCGACUGAGGGGCUGUUGGGCUCAAUGGUGGUGUGUUUGGAUGGUGAGCUGACAGCAAUGGGGUACUACCCAUCCAUCGUUUAUCCCACCCAUUUUUCGUUACCGUUUGUUGUUGCUUUGUGGCGUGCAUGCCUGACAAGGUGCCAACGUUGAUGAUGUGGGUUGUCCUAGUCGUCCGCCUGCCUGCGUCCUUUGACCUCCGUGCGCGUGCGGCGGGAUGUGGGUCACAGUGCUUUUGGCUGUUGUUGCAUGUUCAGUCGGGCUCAGUUGGGCUGGGGGCAUGCUUAGCUGUGUGCAGCUGCAACAGCAGCAAGUGCCAGCCAACGGCUACUACUGGGGUCUUGCACUUCUGGCGAAGUGCGGCGUUAAUGAUGACGACGAGAGCUAUGCACAAGGCAACUUGGGCUGGAUCCUCAUGGCGCCAUUUGUGGUGGUUGUACUGGUGGUAAUGGGGAGGAGCGACGGUGUGUGGGGUGAGGUUGGAUGAUUCCGUGCAGUAUCGUGAGGUGCAGUAUACGGCCGAGGGUCGCCUUGCCUCUCCGCCGUAAUGCAUGGGAGCUGGCAUGAGCAGAAAAGAGUGCUGUACAACAACAUUGUCGUGUGUACACCUUUCUGAAUUUCAAAACAACAAAAAGUCAUAUGUUUAUACCUCGGUACAACAACAAUAAAACACUACACGCAAGACGCGGUUUUCAUGGUGGGUUGGAUGGUUGGUACGAUAUGGCUGUGUCGUACUUGUACUGUAUAUACUGCCGAGUAUGGUGAGAGGAAUGGUAGAUACGGCACGGUAGUGGUUACGGCUUGGGGCGCUUGUGCAUAGGCACAGCAGUCUGCCUGAGGAUAAAACACAGCAUGCUGGUUCACCGCUGGUGGUAUGCUGAUGCAUGCACGCACGCUCCCACGCAGGUUGCUUUUGUGUGUUUGCGAGUCCACGCCUUGCGUGCUUUGCGCUGGCGUUUGGCUCCGCUAUCUGUCGCGUAGCAUGCGUGGCAUGUACCCUUUUGACUUUAUUGGACGGCGGCUGAGUACCUCUGGCUACUCUGGGCUUGCUUUGUGUGCUUUGUCUUGUCAAUUUGCCAAAGAGUUUGGCGCCAAAAGUGUGUAGAUAUGUACGGGACGUAUGUGUGAGAGGCUUGCUGGUAACGGCGCCAUUAGUGCGGAGAGUAAGAGCUCGCACUUCACGCUUUGCAGUGCCGUGGUGUGCUGUGUUGGUUGAGAAACAUGUUGUUGCUGCUCUUGCAAAAAUACAUUUCUCGUGUUACGAUGCAUAUAGUCGGCAUUACAUGUGAAAUGUGCCAUUACGUUUGUGGUGUUCGUGCGCGUCUUGCUAAAAAUGCUUCCUCAAAAAUUGGUAAAAAGGUUUGUUGUGCCCCAUAUCAAAAAAGGCUGGGUGAGGUUGCGGCGAAUCGUCGUCUGUGGCGUGUGGGUUGCAAGAUUUAGGCAGUUCGGGUACGGCAAGGUGUACGGGUUAGAGUUGUAAGCACAUACGGGCAAGCAGGGCUUUACGGCAGAAUUCUGUAGAAAGGUCUUGCCUCGUCGCAUGCUGUUAAUAUGAUUACAGGUGCCCGCGAUUUCCCUCGGAACCCUUUUUGUGUCUCUGGCGUGUUCGUGCUUGGGAGUGCGUCCUGACAGGAAAUGUUGGCGCCAUGACUCCGUUUCAGAGUGUAUCCAGUGAGAGGAGGGGUCAGGAGAAUAGAAUGAACGUACAGGGUUCGAAGUUGGACUUUGUUAUCAGGGUUUCGGGGUAACACGCCGGCCGGACACAGGAGGGCCCUGCCCCCAUCGCUGGCUAGUUGAAUACCACUGGCAGUUGGUUAAUUCUUCACUUGCUCUGCAAUGAUAUGAUCUCUGUGCAUUCUUCUGUGGUUGUCGACCCGUCUCGCGCCGGUGAUGUAAGGCGUGGUGAUGUUUGGCGGUGAAAACAUUUUUGCUGGCGUAUACUUGGAUUCCGUACGGAUGCGCAGCCUGGAUUCACCAAGUACGGCUGAACGCCUGCAAUGGUGGUUAUUGCGGCCUGUUUGUUUAAGGGAUUACGGCGCACGACUUGAGUUAUGCUUCGUGGGUUUGAAGUGGGAAGGUUGUUCUGCCGCCAUCCGGAUCUACGGGAGUCGUUGUUUGGAUACGGGAAGCUGUCUGGAGGAUGUUUCGUUGGUGAAUGUUGCCGUCGGCUGUCGUUUAUGUAUGGCAGUGCCAUCUCGCUUACGCACUCUACAACGGGCGCGCGAUUGCUUGGAUAAGGAUGUGACCGUGUGUGGCAGAUGGCCGCGCGGUGGAUUCGAUACGUCGUUUACGAGCUGUAAUGAUGCCUGACAAUCAAA